GCCGUCUGUCACCCCCGGUUUGUUGAUCCUGGUACAAGCUCCUCCAGAGUUCCAUUCAAUUGCAAAGGCAUCGUUUGUCCUUGCCUCCGCGGCGUCCAAGCUCUUUUUAAAGAUCGACUCCUCCCACUCUUGCUUGUGCGAGCUUGUCUUUCUUCCUGUCUACACCAAGCAUUCCUUCCUGCACCUACCCUAUCUCCCUCCCCCAGUCCACUGCGUCAAGAAUCUAGCAACCAUGCCGGGCGGAGUGGUUCGCUCUCUGUCCACCACCAACGAUGUCAACCGCAUCGAAGCUCCAGUCACCUGGAAAGCCUACCUGAUCUGCGCCUUUGCGUCUUUCGGUGGCAUCUUCUUCGGUUAUGACUCUGGUUACAUCAACGGUGCUACUUCCAACACCGAAUUCAUCCACUUCAUCGAGGGACCCAAUGCCACCGCCUUGUCUUCCUCUCACUCGUCCCUGAUCGUCUCCAUUCUGUCUUGCGGUACUUUUUUCGGCGCCCUCAUCGCUGGUGAUGUUGCUGAUAUGAUUGGGCGCAAAUGGACGGUUAUUAUUGGCUGCGUGAUCUAUGCCGUCGGUGUCGUUAUUCAAAUGGGUACCGGCCCUGGACAUGCUCUUGGUCUGAUUGUUGCCGGCCGUUUGGUUGCUGGUUUCGGCGUCGGCUUCGAGAGCGCCAUUGUCAUUCUGUACAUGUCCGAAAUCUGCCCCAAGAAGGUUCGUGGGGCGCUGGUCGCUGGGUACCAAUUCUGCAUCACCAUUGGUAUUCUAUUGGCUUCUUGCGUCGUUUACGCCGUCCGAAAUCGACAAGACACCGGUGCCUAUCGUAUCCCUAUCGCCAUCCAAUUCGCUUGGGCCAUCAUCCUCGGUGGUGGUCUCCUCUUCCUCCCAGAUUCUCCGAGAUACUUUGUCAAGAGAGGCAAGCUCGAACAGGCCAUCAAUUCACUCUCUCGCCUCCGUGGUCAACCACCCGAGUCGGAGUACAUUCAAGUCGAAGUUGCUGAGAUCAUUGCCAACGACGAGUAUGAGCGACAGAUGAUCCCUGCCACUGGCUGGUUCGGCAGCUGGUUCAACUGCUUCAAGGGUGGUCUGCGACACCAGAAGUCCAAUCUUCGCCGCACAAUUCUGGGUACUUCUCUCCAGAUGAUGCAGCAAUGGACCGGUAUCAACUUCAUCUUCUACUAUUCGACUCCAUUCUUGAAGUCCACUGGUGCCAUCUCCAACUCGUUCUUGAUCUCCCUGAUCUUCAACUGCGUCAACGUCGGUUCGACUCCUCUCUCCUUCUACACCGUGGAGAAAUUUGGCCGUCGUCCACUUCUCGUCUGGGGUGCUUUGGGCAUGCUUAUCUGCGAAUUCCUCGUCGGCAUCAUCGGUGUCACGGUCGGUUUCAACAAGACUCAUGUCGACGCCGCUGGAAACAGCAUUGCGAACAACGUUCCCGCCGUCAAUGCCCAAAUCGCCUUCAUCGCCAUCUACAUCUUCUUCUUCGCCUCCACCUGGGGUCCGGGUGCCUGGAUUGUCAUUGGCGAGAUCUUCCCUCUCCCCAUCCGUUCCCGUGGUGUCGGCCUCUCCACCGCCUCUAACUGGUUGUGGAAUACCAUCAUUGCCGUUAUUACUCCUUACAUGGUCGGCGAGGACAAGGGCAACCUCCGUUCUUCGGUCUUCUUCAUCUGGGGUGGUCUUUGCACUGCUGCCUUUGUCUACGCGUACCUCCUCAUCCCCGAAACCAAGGGUCUGUCGUUGGAACAGGUUGACAGGAUGAUGGAAGAGAGCACCCCCCGUACCUCGUCCAAGUGGGUGCCUCACAAGACAUUCGCCGAGACAAUGGGCAGCGAGGGUGGUGUUCUCAACAAGGAGCUCGUUCAGGACGCCGAGCGCAAGGGCUCAGUCUUUUAGAAGCGGACUGCCUAAUGCGCUUCGUUGGAAAGAGGUGUCUGCGUGCGGAGAGUACCGAAAGAGAAAGAAGUCGGGAAAAUCUAUACAUAAAGCCAAGACAAACAGGGUACCGGCGCAGUCAGCUUUCUUGCGCAUCGCAUCGCAGAGCAUCGCUUUGCCUUUGCAAUGUACGAGAGCGCAGGCUGUCUGGUGUUCUGUUCACGGACAGGACUAACAGACCUGUUGUGUGAGAUUUUGGAAAGGGGAGUGAGUGGAGCGGAGAGAUGUUGGCAGACUUAAUAAAUGCAUUUUUUGCGUGGCUGAAUUGCAUUGGAAUACUAUAGUAACUCAAGUAUGAGCCUGAGCAUGUGCAUUGGUCCUAGCUAGACCGCUGCUUCAUGCAUUAAUUGAUCAUCGCAAUUCAAAGCUCCAGCAGAAUUACGGAGUCUUUCAAGACUUGCAUUGCAAUCAUUUGGAUAUAGUCCUUGUUGUACUCGCCCAUGUUGGG